AUGAGAGUUGCAAGGGAACGGUUCAUACAGUUCUCUUCCCGGAGGCAAACAGAUGACUGCAUGGCUGACCAUGUUCUAGGCAGCACUCCCUUCGGCCUCUCAGACCAAGAAACAAAAGAUGUUGGGCUUGCGCACCUUCUUUUAGCUUGUGCUGAGAAGGUUGCAAAGAAACAAUAUGGCUGCGCGAAAAAGCUGCAGAAUCUAUGUGAUUUCCUGUCUUCCAGUAGCGGAAAUUCUGUUCAAAGAGUUGUUUACUAUUUUUCCAAAGCUCUCCAACAGAAGGCUGACAGAGAAACUGGCAGAAACACAUCACAGGGAUCGGAAAGUAGAGAUGUUGCCACUAUGCAUGUCGAGGAAGCAAUGGCGGCUUUAAGUCCUUCUUUAAUGGCAUGUUUCCUUGAAGUUCCCUUCUUUCAAGUUACCGAGUUUGCGGGCAUCCAAGCGAUUGUGGAGAGUGUGGCAUCAACCAAAAAGAUUCAUUUCGUUGACCUUGCAAUCAGAACCGGGGCGCACUGCAUCGUGUUGAUGCAAGCGCUUGCGACAAGAUAUGAAUGCCCAAUUGAGAUGCUAAAAGUUACUGCUGUUGGAGUGAAAUCAAGGAAGAAAAUUGAGGACACCGGCAGAAGGCUGGCUCAAUUUGCUGAGGCAUUGAAGUUACCUUUUACCUUCAAGAUAGCCAUGGUAAAAGAUAUCAAAGAUAUCAAAGAAGGUAUCUUUGAGUUAGAUACUGGUGAAGCAGUUGCAGUUUACUGCCCUCUACUGCUAUCCAGUAUAAUGAGCCAACCCAAUUGCUUGGAAUCUCUGAUGAAAGCCCUCAGAAGCCUCAAUCCGCGCCUCAUGGUGGUCAAAGAAGUCGAGGCAAAUCACAACUCUCCGAUCUUCAUAAACCGUUUCUACGAAGCACUCUUCUACUACAGUGCAUUUUUUGAGUGCCUCGAUGCCUGUAUGGACAGAGGCAGCGCGCUACGGAUGGAGUUGGAGGAAACAUAUUUGAGUCUUGAUAUCAAGAACAUUGUUGCGAGUGAAGACGAAGAGAGGGUAAACUGGCGGAUGAAAAUCGAUGGGUGGAGGAGUUUGUUUGGAAAAUGUGGAAUGGUGGAAGCAGAUCUUAGCUUGUCAUCCCUGUACCAAGCAGACCUUACGGCCAAACAGUUUGCUUGUGGGAGGAGUUGCACAAUGGGGACCAACGGGAAGUGCCUUCUUGUUGGAUGGAAAGGAACUCCAAUUCUCUCUCUUUCUGUUUGGAAGUUCCAUGCAGUCAAUGUUAAGACUUUCAAACGUCUCUUGUAG